AUGGCGCAUCUGGAGAAGCUUCCAUGGGAGUUGAUUGAAGAGAUACUCUCUCGUGUCCCACCUAAAUCACUUGUUCGCUUCAGAACCGUAUCGAAACAAUGGAACGCUCUUUUAGAGGACAAGACGUUCAUGAACAACCACAAGAUGACGUUUAGGUUCAUCCUAGCAACUGAAUCCAAGAUUUAUUCGGUAAGCAUUGAUCCCGUGAUAGUGGUACGUGAGUUAACCUUAGGUACUCCCGGUUUAGAAACGUUGGAACUUAAAAACUUAGUUGAUUGCAAUGAGCUGUUGCUAUGUGGCAAGAAGAACGGAGCCGUUGUUUGGAACCCAUGGUUGGGGCAGAGUAGAUGGAUCGAGCCGAGUUUAAAACGUUCAGGUAUGGAAUUCGACGGCAUAGGAUACGAAAAUAAGAAUUACAAGAUGGCUGUUUUUUGCCCUGGGAACGAAGAUCAGACUGAUAACUUUUGCACAAGCUAUGACUUUGCCUCGGAUGUGUGGAUAGACCUCCAGUCAAAAUCUGAUGAGGAUAGCAUAUACCCUGAAAGUGUUGUAUCCUUGAAUGGAACUUUGUAUUGGGUUUGCUCUCUGGACGAGACAGAUCCCUUGUCUUACGACAUUAGUACAUUCGAUUUUUCGACUGGAUUAUACUCUAGAUUUUGUGAUCUACCAUGUGGGAGAAACCAUGGUGAGGAUGCUCUUGUCCUUAAAGUCUUUAGGGGAGAUCGGUUUUCGUUGCUAAAGCAAUGCAUGGUAACAAAGAAGAUUGAGAUUUGGGUGACUGAGAACAAGAUUAACUUUGAGAAUGGUGAUGAUGUGGUUUGGAUGAAUUUCAUGACUUUUUCAAGUCCUAACUUGCCGGAGUUAGUCGAGACCAUACGCUACUCUCAGCCAAGUUAUUCCAUCGAUGGUAAGAGGCUCGUGGUGUGCUCUUGUGACAGCACUGGUCAAGCUUGGAUCUAUGUUUUUGGGGAAGAUAAGUUGAUCAGUAAAACUCGUAUAUUAGAUUAUGUGGUUGAUCCUUGGCCUUUGCACUGUACCUUUGUUCCCAGUUUGGUUCCGGUUCCUGCUCGAGGCGAAAGAGAAAAACUGGCAGAAUUACAAAUGUAG